AUGGCGAUGGCACGGCCCCGCGCUCGUCUUUAUAAGCUUGUCACUCGUCAGACUCCACAAUCGAUCACAUGGUGCCUUGGAGAUAGUAAAAUUGCAAGUGGAAUGGCAUCCUUCAAGAACACUUGCUCUUACACUCCAGUGUCAAAUGUCGCUGCGGUGCUAGCAAUAGCGGUGCUGGUCUUGGCGGCUCCGGCGGCGGCCUCCGUCCCCGACGCGUCCGUGUCCGUGCAUCUCGAGGCGUUGCUGGCGUUCAAGAAGGCCGUCACAGCCGAUCCCAACGGCACGCUGUCCAGCUGGACGGUGGGGGCAGGCAAUGGCCGCGGCGGCUUCCCGCCGCACUGCAAUUGGACCGGCGUGGCCUGCGACGGCGCCGGCCACGUCACCUCCAUAGAGCUCGUGGAGACUGGGCUCCGGGGCACGCUCACGCCGUUCUUGGGGAACAUCUCGACGCUCCAGCUCCUCGACCUCACCUCGAACCGCUUCGGCGGUGGCAUCCCGCCGCAGCUCGGCCGCCUCGACGAGCUCAAGGGACUCGGCCUCGGCGUCAACAACUUCACCGGCGCCAUCCCUCCAGAGCUCGGCGAACUCAGGAGCAUACAUGUGCUGGACCUCAGCAACAACACGCUCCGCGGUGGCCUCCCAAGCCGCCUCUGCAACUGCUCGGCGAUGAUACAGUUCAGCGUCUUCAACAACGACCUCACCGGCGCAGUCCCUGACUGCAUUGGUGAUCUGGUCAAUCUCAACGAGUUGAUACUCUCCCUCAACAAUCUUGACGGCGAGCUGCCGCCGUCCUUCGCGAAGCUCACGCAGCUGGAGACGUUGGACCUCAGCAGCAACCAGCUCUCCGGCCCGAUCCCGCCGGAGAUUGGCAACUUCUCGAGUCUCAAAAUUGUCCAAAUGUUUGAGAACCAGUUCUCCGGCUCCAUCCCGCCGGAGCUUGGGCGGUGCAAGAACCUGACCAUGCUCAACAUGUACAGCAACCGCCUCACUGGUGCGAUUCCAAGCGAGCUCGGGGAACUCACCAACCUCAAGGUGCUGCUCCUGUACGGCAACGAGCUCUCGUCGGAGAUUCCCCGCUCGCUCGGGCGAUGCACGUCGCUGCUUUCGCUCCAGCUGUCCAAGAACCAGCUCACUGGGUCCAUCCCGACCGAGCUCGGCAAGCUACGGUCGCUUCGGAAACUGAUGCUCCACGCCAAUAAGCUCUCCGGAACAGUGCCGACAUCUCUGAUGGAUCUCGUCAACCUGACAUACCUGAGUUUCAGUGAAAAUUCCCUCUCGGGCCCUCUUCCGGCGAACAUUAGAUCACUCCAGAAUCUUCAAGUGCUAGUCAUUAACACCAACUCGCUCUCUGGCCAAAUUCCGGCGAGCAUUGCCAACUGCACUUCCCUGUAUAACGCGAGCAUGGCGUUCAACGAGUUCUCCGGGCCUUUGCCUGCCGGCCUUGGCCGACUACAGAACCUCGAAUUCUUGUCCUUGGGGGACAACAAGCUGUCCGGCGACAUACCGGAGGACCUUUUCGACUGCGUCAACCUCAGGACGUUAGACCUGGCUGGGAACAGCCUCACCGGCAGCCUGAGCCCUCGCGUCGGCAGGCUCAGCGAGCUCAGCUUGCUGCAGUUGCAGGGUAAUGCUAUGUCCGGGGAGAUACCAGAGGAGAUCGGCAACCUGACGAAGCUCAUCGCACUGCAGCUCGGGGGAAACCGCUUUGCCGAGCGCGUCCCAGCGAGCGUCUCCAACAUGUCGUCCCUGCAGAAGCUCACGCUGCAGCAAAACUGCCUAGACGGCGCGCUGCCCGACGAGAUCUUCGGGCUGCGGCAGCUCACUAUCCUCAGCGUCGCGUCGAACAGGUUCGUCGGCCCGAUCCCCGACGCCGUGUCCAACCUGCGGUCUCUCUCCUUCCUCGACAUGUCGAACAAUGCGCUGAACGGCACGGUCCCUGCGGCGGCGGGAAACCUCGACCAACUCCUCACGCUGGACCUCUCCACAACCGCCUCGCCGGCGCCAUCCCCGGCGCGGUGA